CGGCGCUGGCGGGUCCCGGAGCCCGAACGGGGGCCCUACGGCGCCGGCCGGCGGGGCGGGCCCGGCCCUCAGCGCCCGCACGGCAGAGGCCGGGCAGCGCCGCAGGUGAAACAUGGGACAGUUUCUACGGAACGCUAGGUGACUUUUUGACAUCCUGGUUACCAUGACACUCAGCAGAGGACUGUGGGAAUAAAGUGGGAAUCCCUCCCCGCCCUCAAAAAACCACCUAAUGGCCUCAACUGGGGCUCACCUGGUAUGCUAACGACAUGGGGAGCUGCUACAGCUACCUGUGCAGAGACAGUGUCCCAGACAACCACCCCACCAAGUUUAAGGUAACAAAUGUGGACGAUGAGGGUAACGCGCUGGGAUCUGGGAUUAUGGAGCUAACGCAGAUGGAGCUCAUCUUGCACACACACAAGCGCGAUGCUGUCAGGUGGCCGUACCUUUGCCUGCGCCGCUAUGGCUAUGACUCCAACCUCUUCUCCUUCGAGAGCGGACGCCGCUGCCAGACUGGACAAGGGAUAUUUGCCUUCAAGUGUUCAAGGGCGGAGGAGAUCUUUAACCUGCUGCAGGACCUGAUGCAGUGUAAUAGUAUCAAUGUGGUGGAGGAGCCAGUCAUCAUGACUAGGGGCAGUCACUCCACUGAGCUGGAGCUAUCCCGGACACCCCAGACAACCAACACUCUGGGAUACACUGUUCCAGGGUUCCCCAACGGAUUCCACAGCUUCCCUGGGGAAGCCCCAUCCUACUCCACGGCCCGACACCCUUCCAUGAACAGCUUGAGACACUCCUCCAUUGGGGAGGACUCCACACAUGCCCUCAUUGGGCCAGAUGAGCAGUCCCACACCUAUGUGAACACAACCAGUGGCGAGGAGGAGAUGAGGGGCCGGCACUGCAUGCACUCGCUGCCUGAAGUCCACCCUCCUUUUCUGCACGGGAACCACAGCUGCUCUCUGGAGGACCGAAACCCCCAGGUCUUCCUGCAGCCGGGGGAGGUGAAGUUUGUGCUGGGCCCUGCCCCAGUUCACAGGCACAUGGUGAAACGUGACAGCUCCUGCCGUUACUAUCGGGAGUGCGGGGGGCACAUCUGCGGCCCUAACAACAACAACGAGUGCAAGGAUGAGUGCCUCGUGCCCAGGUGCGUAUAUGAGAAUGUGAAUGGCCUGCUGCCUGCUGGGGGCACAUCUCUUCGGCGUGGCGGGCGCUUGAAACUCACCCGGGAGGACCUGGGCUUAAACAGCUGCUCUCACCGCAGGACGCCCCUGCUGAACUACGAGAACCUGCCUUCCUUGCCUCCUGUGUGGGAGUGCCAGCCGCUGCGGCAGGACGAGGACUCUGGGGACACGCUGACUCCUUCUCCGAAUGGCUACCCCGAGCCGGACGAAGGUGACCCCCUGCAAAACUACAUGAACUCGGAGAACGCCGCACUGCACAGCGGCCUACGUCGGGAUGACUUCUUGCAGCACCGCCACAACUGCACACCUAGUGUCUUCAGCUUCGACUUCCGCCGGCCCUGCCCGGAGCAGCAGCGUCAGCUCAACUACAUCCAGGUGGAGCUGGAGGCUGACCCCCACAAGGGGCGCCAGAGCCUCCAGGUGCCCUGCGCCCCGCUUCCUGCCGCCCACCCAGCCAGCAGGAUGGACUCCUACGCGGUCAUUGACCUUAAAAAGACAGCAGCCAUGUCCAACUUGCAGAGAGCGCUGCCCAGAGACGAUGGGACUUCAAGGAAAACUCGGCAUAACAGCACCGACUUGCCUCUGUAAGGGAAACACUGCGUGCAAGCGCUGCAUUGUGGCUUUCGUACCUGCCUUUCAGUGUAUCGUGUAGCGUGACUUUCGUUCUCUAUUGCCCCGACGCCCUGUUAACCCUAUUGCUCAAUACAGCAUCCUGGGAUAGCUCCAGCAAGCGGACUUUACAAAUGUCUGCCUGCCUCUCUCCGUUCCUCCCAUGUCAUUUGUUUCUAAAGCCUUGCAGAGUAGCAGAAAAUGGUUAUUUAUUUAUUUAUUUAUUUAAGUUAUUUUGUGGGGUGCCAGCAUUCGAAAUGGCACCAAGCGGAGUAUAAAUGUAAACAGGUCAUUCAUGGACCAGGGUCAAUCCCCCUGCUUUCAUGUCAUCCAUGUCGGCAGCCUGUGGAGAGAAGACGGGGAGGGAUAGCUCAGUGAUUUGAGCAUUGGUCUGCUAAACCCAGGGUUGUGAGUUCAGUCCUUGAGGGGGCCAUUUAGAGAUCUGGGGCAAAAAUCUGACUGGGGAUUGGUCCCCCCUUGAGCAGGGGGGUGGACUAGAUGACCUCCUGAGGUCCCUUCCAACCCUGAUGUUCUAUGAUUCUAUGAGAGGGAUGGAGAGAGUAUUGGGAGUGUUUUUUAAAAAAACCAAACCCAUAGGAGCAGGGGGAAAGACUGGGAAUGCAAGUGGAGUUUGAGGUUUGGGAUCAGGGAGCCCUUGGUGUGUACUUAUCUGUCUGCCUUUUUUGUGGAUAUUCAGAAAUGUUUUCCAGCUGUCGGUUUAUUUAUUUGUUUUAUUUUUCUAUCUAUUUAUUUUAUUUUGUAAACAUUCUUUUGCACCAAAGUUAAAAGUGCCAAGCCAGUGGCAACAUGGAAUGGAUCCACUUGGUGUUCACUUCCUUUUUUGGGGCGGGGGCUGGCAGGACGGGGGGGGGGAUGAUAUGGUGAAAAGGGUGCUUUGUGGAACUACAAAUGGGGAAAGCGUAGCUGUGACUCAAAGCUCAGUUACCUGGAAUGCACUAUAUUGGGCUGGUGGGAGUGACUGCAGAAAACAUGGAAGUGUCAGCAUAGCUGCGAGGCAACCAAGCUUGGAGUCAUAUCUAAGGAGCAGUGCCUACUCCCGCAUACCUCGCUGAGUCCACGUGAAAUAAUUGACUAGUGUUUUGGCUAAAUGCAUGGCUCAUUUCCUUGUAUUGUAGACUCAAAGGACUAAAUUGAGCUUUACUGUAACUCCAUUGGCUUUGAGUGGUUGUAACCAGUUACCCCAGGGCUGAAUUUGAUGUGAACCAUCAGGCCCUUCUGUAAAAAAAAAACAAACAAACAAAAAAAAACUUGCGCAUGACGUUCUACUUCUCUUCCACUGUGGGAUGUUCCAAUGAUAACAUUCUGUGUAUGGUUUCACUUGCUACAGGCCACACCAAUCUUUGCAGCAUGAGGCAUUCACUGAUUCCACUUUGCUAUUCCCUCUCAUUUCUGUGAGACGUAAAAGAGCUCUUGGAAUUAUAUUCACUUCUGCCUUAUUGUUUUGAAACUCCCUCACCCUCUUCCGCAGGAUUGGAAUCAUGCCAUCCAAUUCUCUGAAAGCUCGCUCGGGGUUGGCAAAUGGAGCCAUCCAAACCUUCCUAUGAUGUCCUUGCCAUUGGUAUGUUAACAGACUAGAGUCAGUGAAAGGGAAAAGCUGGUUCAUCUGCUUAUAUCUCGGCCCUGGCAGUCACAAGCAUAAUCUAUCGAUUUCUGAGAUUCUUUCCAGCGCUAACAAACCCAGCUUCUUUUCAGUGCUGCCUUGAAACGUGAGACUUUUAGGAGCAAUGGCAAGGAAUGUAGCCAAGCCCUACAAAUAAGUAAAGCUGAUGGGUAUCCAUAUAAUCUCUUUAGCCUUAGGUCAGGAACUCCUCCCCAUUUGUAGAGUUAUGAUUCUUCUCAUUGGUUUGGUAUCUCAUUGGGGGGGAGGGAGAGCUCGGUGGUUUGAGCAUUGGCCUGCUAAACCCAGGGUUGUGAGUUCAAUCCUUGAGGGGGCCACUUAGGGGGUCUAGGGCAAAAAUCAGUACUUGGUCCUGCUAGUGAAGGCAGGGGGCUGGACUUGAUGACCUUUCAAGGUCCCUUCCAGUUCUAGGAGAUAGGAUAGGAUAUCUGCAUUACAAAUACCAACCACCACCACCACCUUCAGAAGUGAGUGAGUUUUGGCAAGCCUUUGACCUCUUGUCUUCCAGGCUUCAGUCCAGCUCUUAUUUUUGUUCUAUAACAGAAGCUAAUUAUUUUUAAUAUAUGAACUGACUUUAUUUAUAGGGAAACUGUCACGUAGUUUAUGCCCCACAUUUAGGUUUCAUUGGGGGUGAGGAAGAAUUUUUUUUUUUUAAGUAACUGUAUAAAAAUAUUUUCAUGAACAAUCUCAAUGAAGAGGCUUUUUUUUUAAGGGUUAAACAUCACCUUCCGUUGUAGCUUUUGCAUCUCAAACAUUACAGCACUGGACAAUGCCUGAGAGUCUUUAGCUGAAACUGACUAACUGCUGAAUUUAAAUUGACUUGUCUAGUUUUGCUCACCCAGCUGAGAUGUGCAAAACAUCCAGGCCAAAAAAAUAUAUAUAUAUUUGUAAAACAAGUCAGGAUAUAGGUUUUGCUAAAUGUGUGCUUGAUCUUGGACAGAAUGUCUUUAAAAGUCACAAUACGAACAUAUUAGAGUUACAUGGCAGCUGUUGCUGCAAAUGCACUGUAUUAAUGUAUCUGUAUUCAUGUAGGCCUUGAUCCAAAGCCCAUCGAAGUCAGUGGAAAGACUCCCACCGUCUUUGGUGGGCUUUGAAUUGCCCUUUUAUGGGCAAAUGUUGUUGCCUAUUAUAGUGCUUCAUUGGACCAAUCCAGCACUCACUGAAGUCUGCUGAAUCCUUCCAUUGACUUCACUUGCAGCCCGGAUCAGGGUCUAUUCUAGGAAUUUGUUGCUAGCAUUUGGCAUGAUGAACUAUCUAGUUUAGUGUUGUUAUGACUAGGGAUGUGGGGAACCUGGCACACAUCCACAGCAGUAAAUCAAGUCCUCUAAUACCUUUAUCCCUUCCUCACUUCCUCGUUGGUCUGUAGCAAAUGUAUUGAUCUAACAGGUUUAUUCAGCUAACGGAGAGGAUAAAAUGUUUUUGUUUCCCAACAUCUAAGAUGGGUUUUAAAAAGUGAUUAGCGGGGCUGUUUACAAAAUAAUGUUGGUCACAAAUGACCACCAAGUAAAAAGUGGUCACAGGAUAAUAGUUGCCUGCUGCUAGAUGAGUGCUCUUAACAUAGGGAUAAAAGAAAUAGCACUUCUCUUUGUCCCGUAUUCUGCUUAGCCUGCAUGAACUGCAGACUUUCAGGCCUUGUUCUAAUUAUGCUAACAAGCAUCUUUAGCAGGGCCCUAUCACAAUUCCUCUGAUCAGCAACAGUUUUCGGAGAACUAGGUUAAUCAGACCAUGCUGUGAUGUACCCACAAGAUGCCCCAGCUGGCUCUCUCCCCAUUGCUGUAUGUAGCAUGAUUUUUUAACCUAAUUAUCGGACAUUGCGUCCAUCUACACUAUGACAGUAUUAGGGGAUCUGGUUACCACAUGCCUGUCACCCGCACAGUGAAAGCGGAUCUUGUAAUGCAGAUGGGAAAUGUCUGAGGCUUUAGCCUGUGUUUGGUGCCCUGUUUACAGCUGUAUUUGUAGUGCAGAUGAAAUGGAAAAGUCGCUGUCCACAUUGGCCUGGGAGACAGCCCUAGCAACACCUACGUUGAAGAGGAGUUCUUACUAGCAUGGUGUAAGUCAUAGUGUGGACAGUCUAAGCACCUUUGAGAGUAAGGGGGAGACAGGAAAAACCAGUAUGUGACAGGAGCCAUCAUCCCUGUUGUAUUGUGGUAGCUCCACUCUGUUGUGAAGUUUCCUGCAUUUGCUGGUGACUCUGAUCAGAUUUAGAAAGUGUGCCUCUCUUUAAAAUUGGGAGUGGCCUGGUGGUGGCAAUCCUAGGACUUCAGGAUCAUCUCCUGAUGGAGAUGAAAGGCUGAGAGGGAAGGAUGAGAAGGACUGAGCUAAGAAAGAAGAUCCUAUAAGCUAUUUGUCAUGCACUCACUCAUUUGGCAGAUGGUGAUAAGGCACUUAUAAGGCUUGUGCCAUUUUCUUUCAGUAAAUCAUGGGAAGUGACCUCAGGUGAUGUGGGGCCCAAGCCUAUGAAUCACUGAGCAUCCUCCACUCCCAAUGAGUCUCAUUGCCUUGCCGGAUCAGGGCCUUGGAGGUUUAACAGCAAAGCUAAUCUAGUCCCAGACAAAAAGGUAAAUUUCCCCAUUCUGCCCCAUGUGGGCUUGCUAUUGGCUAGAACCACCCCAAGAUCACAAAGGACUCUUGACACUACUGCAAUAGCAGAAGAGGACUCCUUGACCAUUGGGCCAAAUUCCUCCUGGUUGCAGCCUCAUUAGCUUUGGUAGGGUUACACCCAGGAUCAAUAUGGUUCCCGGCAUUGGAAUAAGAUAUCUCAGACCCUGUCCUUUCCCAUCGAAAGAGGAGGGGCCUUCAUUGCCUUUUGGCAGAAACAUUGGGUUCCUUUAAGUGUAUCCAAAGCCACUCAUCUGUACAAGUGAGUGCUUACCUGUCUUUGGAGAAGUCAAAUCAGGUGUAAUGUAAUAGGUGAGGCCUGGGGCCAUGUUGUAGAGUUUACUGUCAUAGUGUUCUCUCUCUAGAGUGGGGGAGUUGGGAACAGCCAAUAUACCUGAAUGAGUAUUUCCAAAACUCGAAAUGAGCUGAGAGGCUGGAAUAAAUCAGACGGGUCUCUUCAAGGUGAUGUUUGUUAGCAACACAGCUCUGUGGGGCUUCCUCCCCAGUGCAUCCACCCAGGCUGAAGCCCCUAAUGUGCCCCGGACUGCAAUGCCAUUCAAAUGGUCUAGUGUCUAGUACAUGGGAUUGGGAUUAGGGCGAUAGGUGUUUAAUUAUUGUCUCGACCUCAGACUUCCUGGAUGACCCUGGGUAAGUCACACUACCCCGUGCCUCAGUUUCCCAUCUGUGAAGGGGAAUAAUACUUCCCUACCUUCCAGGAGUGGUGUAAGGCACUUGUGGUUGGGAUACUAUGGUGAUGAAGGCCAUAUAAGUACAUAGAGAUUCUGACACUUUGACUUGAUUGCCUUAUCAAAGCUAUAAUCCAGUUUAUAGUGGUUGAUAAUGAAUGAUGCACCUGCUAAGGAGGGGAGAUGAAGUAGCUAGAAGUUCUCUCAUCACCGAGGUUAUAGAAGAAGCCUCUGAUUCUAUCCUGGGUGGUUCUGAUUUAGUACAUGUGUGGUUUGAUUUGGAGUUUGAUUUUGCAAAUUGCCAUCUGGCUGUGUCUUGAUUUACUGUCUCUCGAAUUCUCCAUUCCUUAUGGCAUCCUUGGGUAAGAGGAGCGCAGUGUUUGACUCAGCAGGCGUUGUUCAUGAGAAGUUGCAGGGUCUCAUGAAGAGGUUCAAGAGAGAAGUGCCAGGGGCAGAUUGGCUCUAGGUGAUGGCUGAGUAGAAGUGAAUUUACAAUUUAAUGCUCAUUGGACCCAUGUAUCCAUAGCACAGAAGAUCAAGUUCAGCUUUCGAGCUGGGUGGGAAGACUUCAGGGGACAGAGAGAGAAUCUGUGCAGGCAAAGAGGGAGAACCAAUCGGCCACACUGUGAAUAGAUAAAGGCUUCUUAAGGCAGUUAGUCAUCUCAUGGGCUUGGGGGAAACACAGCCCUGGUCACCUGACUUGAGUUAGCCAGGAAUGUAUUAGACCAGUGGCUCCACUGCUCUUUCAUUCUCUGGCCGCUUCAUAAGGGUGAGAUCUCCUUCCAUGGACAAGGUCCUCUCCCAAUCUCUGUCCUGUUGCCUCGUUUUCGACAGCCAGGAAAACAGUUCAUGGAGCGCAGCGUGAGCUCUGCUGCAUUAGAGCUUCAGGGACCGGAAAAAGAAGGGAAACCCCUGUUGAUGAGGUUUCAAUGUUAACAAGUGUGGUGUGGUGUUAUCCAGCCUCAUAGCUUCCUCUAGUGGUCAGAUGUGGGAUAUUCUCAGGUAGAAGAUGGGAGUUUUCAGUGGCAGGUUGAACAGGCUUGGACCUUUUUUAUUUGACUUUUCCUCACCACCAAGUUCCUUGCUCUGUUUGAUUAGACGUUGCUUUGGAUAAUAGAUGGUAGGGAGCCUGUAAUCCAGUGGUAAUUCUGUUGGAAUCUCUUAUCCUAUGAUUCUCUUUUGGUUUGGAAUUAUUUAUAUUUUAUAGAGCACCAUUGGUAUUCCUGACACUGUUACAGAUCUAAAAUAAGACAAUAAUGCCCUGAGGAGUUCAUAAUCUGCGGGGAAAAUUCAGCCCUGCUGUAACUCCACUGACUUCAGUGGGGUCACACGGGAGAUGAAUUUUGCCCCAGUUAUCCUUGUUAGAAACCUUCUAGUUCAUGACAAGAAAACAGGACAUCUUCUCAGUCUGUAUUUUCCUCUAUACCAUAUUCUUUUAAAGGUUGCCUUUCUUUUCCUUGCACAUCUUGCCGUGAGCCUUGCAAGGAACAGAUUAUUGGACUAUCCAAAUGCCUGCGCACUUGUAUCUUGGAUGUGGAUUAAAUUAGGAACCAUCAUCCACAUCCCAGUGUCUCCCCUCCAAACAUGCUGUGACCAUCUCAGCUAAUACAAUGUAGGCAAAAACCAGAAUGUUUCAUCUUUUGUAGUGGCCUUCAUAAACCUUGGUCUCCAGAGUCAAAGGUGCUCUCCAAAGCAUUAUAUAUCUGGCUGGUGUCACACUGCUGGACACAAGGAGCUCAGCAUCAUAAAUGGGUGAGUACCUGCCCUGGAGACCCCGCAUGUGCUAACACAAAAAGGAAUUAGCCCCCGUACUGAAUUGGCUCCAUGAUGAGGAACACAUCAUCUCUUAAGGCUUGUCCUGUGGAUGGAGGGCUUCCUCUGGUAUCGUCCCUGCACUGAUCUGUUCUGUGUGGGGCUGAUAACAUGGAAAAGACCAUGUGUCCCCAGGAGGCUUUCGGCUUGAGGAGAUUUUCUUUAGGUUUUUGAGUGGCUUAACUUUUUAAGUGUUUUUUCUUUGGGUUUUGAAGUUAGGCAGGUGGACUGCCUCUCCCUCGACAUCUAUUUGUGGUUGGCAGGGAAUAGGUCUAAUCUGAAGGAGCGUGUCUAUUUUUAGCUUGUUUUACACAGCCUAGAUGCCUACUUUUCUCUCUAGGAAUGGAGAGGAACUGUAACGCCCUUGGUCUGAAUGCUAGUAAUAGUUACCUGCCUUACAAGGGUAUUGUGAGGAUUAAUUGAUGUUUACAGAGUGGUUUGAACACGAAAAAAAUUAUACAAGUAUUUUUAUGUAAGCCACUGUGUCCACUGGAAAAAAUUUCCCAGCUGUUGCUGUCUUUAUCUCCAGUGGGAAGCGGCCGUCUAAAUACCUCUAACCCUCAGAAUCUCCUCUCUCUCAUGCUGGGAGGGGAUUGUUUCUGUACCUCUCAUGCCAGAGACCCCUGUGCCUCACACUAGGACAGGUGAGGGUAUGUGUGUCUUGAGCAGUCAGUUGUUUCUGUUGAUCCCUAUGUGCAGUGUGGCCACUGGCUAGGCCUUAAGAGACUUGGGUUCUAUUCUCAGCUUUGCUGCUGGGUGUCUGUGGGAAAAUCACGUCACCUCCCCGUGCCUCAGUUUCCCCAUCUGUGAAAUGAGCAUAAUGAUACUGAUCUCCUUUGUAAAGCUCUUCAAGAUCUGUGGAUUAAAAGCGAUAUACAAGAGCUAGAUAUUAUUAACAUAAGUUCUCUUAGUCAUCUCCGCAGCCACUUCCCACCCAUUUUCCGUAGGCAUGAUGCUACCCAACUGCAUCUGCCUUCACCCUUACUAUGCAGUAUCAUUCAUCAGUUGCUUAGUAGUAAUUUCAGCUCACCUGUUAUGGCACCCUUGCAGCCUGUCUGUAGAGUUUGUUUUCCCACCAAGCUUGGUUCAUCUGAAGCUGAGUGCUGUGUGUAGGUAGCUGAAGGGGAGUGGAUUCCUGCUACCAAACAGGACCAAAAGGGAAGAAGUUAAGGGAUAGGAUAGGCUGGAGGUUGGGAAAUGAAAGCCAGGGAGUGGGUGUGGGGAACACUCUGGUUCUAAAGAGGGGAUCCUAUUUGUUUCCUUCCUUCCUUCCUUCCUUCCUUUGUGUGUGUGUGUGUGACUAAAGUCAAAAGGCCCAGGCACAUCUGUGUUGACCUCAAGCUCUUAUCCUGUGUGAUUCUCCUUGUUCUUACUUGUACUGGUGUCUUUGAUACUAAAUAUUUCUGACUUGGCGGAAAAGCAAAGGCACUUCGGGGCUCUGGUCACCAGGGAUUCAAAGCUGCUCUGUCCAUAGACAUCGGUCUUUCUGUGUAAUUACUUUGAUGGGUUAUUACUAUGGAUAUCCAUUCAGUCCCUGUUUAUAUUUCAUCCAGGUGUAACCUUCAAGGCAAAGAGCCUUAGUGCUGUGUGAGCUGAGGAGCGCUCAUGUCUUACUCUAAUGUGCACUAAGAAUGUAUACAGAAUAAAUGGAAUCUGACGACUA